AUGUGCACGUAUUUGCCAUUUAUGUCUGUUUGCUUUUUAUUACAGUCCAGAACUCCCGCCCUUGUGUUUGAAUACAUCAAUAAUACAGAUUUUAAGCAAUUGUACCAGAUACUGACAGACUAUGACAUUCGGUUCUAUAUGUAUGAACUUCUGAAGGCAUUGGAUUACUGUCAUAGUAUGGGUAUUAUGCACAGGGAUGUGAAGCCACAUAACGUGAUGAUCGAUCACCAGCAGAAGAAGCUGCGAUUGAUUGAUUGGGGUUUGGCAGAAUUUUAUCACCCGGCUCAAGAAUACAAUGUGCGUGUUGCUUCUCGCUAUUUCAAAGGACCAGAACUCCUUGUAGAUUACCAGAUGUACGACUACAGCUUGGACAUGUGGAGUCUGGGCUGCAUGCUAGCAAGUAUGAUUUUCCGCAAGGAGCCUUUCUUCCAUGGCCAAGACAACUAUGAUCAGUUGGUCCGCAUUGCCAAAGUGCUAGGUACAGAUGAACUUUUUGGUUACCUCAAGAAAUAUCAUAUCGAUUUGGACCCAAGGUUUAAUGACAUACUUGGACAACAUUCUCGGAAGCGUUGGGAAAAUUUCAUACAUAGUGAGAAUCGUCAUUUGAUCAGUCCAGAGUCUCUGGAUUUAUUGGACAAACUGCUUCGUUAUGACCAUCAACAAAGGUUAACUGCCAAAGAGGCCAUGGAGCAUCCAUACUUCUACCCUGUACUAAAGGAGCAGAAUUUGUCUAACCCUGAGAGUAACCUCCUCACCAGUGGUUCCACCUCAGCACGAUGAAGCAACAGAUCCAGUCAUGCCAUCUGUAACAACCAUCAAAAAUGCGUGCGUGUGAAAGACCAAGAUGGAAGGGGUUGCUGCCCGUUUGAGACUAUACACAAAUUAAGAAACUAAAUCUGGCACGGGCAAUAGUCAUGAAGAAAUAAGCACUGACAAGUGUGAAAAACAUGCACGGACAAGUCUUGCCAGUGAGGAAUCAGUUUAAGUUUUAAAGCAAAUGGGAAAAAAAACUCAUUGCCAUGAAUGUAGGUCAAUGUGACCUUUGUUCCCCGUUUUUACCUCCAGCUGACCCCAAAAGCAUGGGGAAUGUGAAGAGUAUGCAAGAAUGGAAUGAAUCCAUAAAUGUUACAUCCUCUGACCUUUGCCCUGUUACCUGUAAUGUUAUAGAAAGAAAAAUAUAUAAAUAUAUACAAUAAAGACAUUCUUCUGAAUCUACCCAGUUUACCUAGUAGAAGAAAAUGUAUGGGCACAGUGGGCCUUCUAUAAUCUGUUUCAUAGAUCUUUAUUGAAUAAAAAAUAUUCAGUUAUAUGUAUGAAAAAUCUGAAUGUUUGUAAAUCAAAGCACGGAAACCGCGGAUAUGGAGUGCACUCAGAAAGGCUGUUAUGUAAGAUUUGGUUACAGCUUCCACAGCAUCUACUUGUCCAGUGCAGUGCUGGCUUUCAAUUUAACAGUAUGGAAACAUUGACAGUUCAUAGUGUUUGAUAAGUUUUUUUUUUGGUAGAAAAUGGAAAACUAAAAAAAAUAUUUAUUAGCCUUUUUCUCAGUGCGCUUGAGUCUAUGUUGGUUUCUUUGGUCUGCUGUGCUCAUGUCCACUGUUUUUUGUACUGCUGCCAAUCAGGUGACAUCUCAGUAAAUUAUACUCACUGGCGUAGUGUGAUAUAUAUAAUGUGUAGAUCAUUUCAACAGCAGCCUUUGAGAAGCAGUGUAGUUAAGAGGAGAUAAUUUGAGGGUUAGUUAUGAUGGCAAGAUUGUUGACUCCUCCUAUCCAUCACUUGGGAGAAUCUGCUGCAGGCUUCUCCUUCACCUGUCUACAUUGCUGUUUUAUUACUGUGGAGAUGACUGUUGAAGUCAAAGGGGUGUUCUCCUUGUGCCGUUUACAUUGUCCGUUACUGAUGCAAUAUCUGUUGAAGUCUUGGGGUGCGUGUUUAUUACAUAGAUUUUACAGCAGCAGCAGAUUAAAUUGCCAGGGUGUAUUUUUUAGUCUGCUCAUUUUGCAUUCUGAGGUUCAAGAGGGGAAAAAAGCACCCAAGAGGUAAAAUGGCCAGGUCAUUCUUGAGUGAUCUUUAACUGCAAGUGUAGAAAUUUCUUGAAUUCACCUUACGAAAGUAAUACAGCUGUCAAAUAGGUACUGAAGGUGAGUGAUGCAUUAAGAUCGUUUAUCCCAGUUUAAUGAAAAUUGACUGAAAAUAUUCAUUUUUUUUUAUGGGAGAAAGUGUUCAGCAGUAUGAGAAUUGAGGCAACAUUUUAUUAAGGGCAUCUCCCUGUUCUGAGCCAUUUCAUGUUAGCUAUCCUCUUAAAGAGCUUUCAGAAGCAUUUGCCAGUUGGGGUGAUGGACAUAACACUUUUUGGCACCUGUAUUAAAAAUAAGAACAUGUU